CGUCCUGCGGGGCGGGGCGCGGGGCGGGUCCGGGCAGGUCUCCCGCUCCCGUCGUACCGGCGUCGGGUACGCAGCGCGGCCAGGGGGUGACUUUGGGGCUUCCCACGAGGACGAGGCCGGGCUCGGGGCUUCUAGCCGGGCUCGGUGCUGCUGGGGAGCCCGGUACUGCCCUGCUUCCGGGAUCCGGUUGUGCUAGCUGGCAGUCCUUGCAGAGCUGACACGCUGGGGCUCUUGGACACCACUGAGUGCUUUGGAGUCUUAUGCCAACUUGAUGUGUGCAGGACAGAAGUGGACCUGGAUGCAGCUGGAGAUGGAGUGUUUGUAAGCACAUUGUCACUUGCCAUGCACCCAACAGGGUCAGCAGACAGCAGCUUCUCCCGCUCUGCUGUGCAGACCCUCUCCCGCAGCCACUGCCGCAACAUCAAACAGAAGAUAUCCCAGUGGGAGGGGAGGACACAAGGGUGCUCCAGCAAGGAGAAACAGCAGCUGAAGGACUUUGGGGUAAAGUAUGAUCCCAGCUGCAAUGCUCUACCCAAAGUGAAGCCAGAACACACAGAGAAGAGCAGAAAGAAUGGGUCCAAAGAUCCAAAGAGCCUGGGUUUGGACUUCAGGGAAGAUGCACAGAUCUGCUUACAGACUGCAGACAGUGAUGAUGUCAAGCCCUGUACAUGCAGCCCAGCUUCCCAAGCCAAGGAGAAAGGAGAGUGCCAAGCAGGCUCUCUGGACCCAGGGGCACCACUGCCUCCAGAGAACUUCUAUACCUUUCAAGCUCCAUGGAGGAGAGUAGUUCCCCUUCUGACUGGCAAAUCCCCGCCAGUUCCCUCAAAUCUUCAGCUGAAGUGUAGGAACUGUGGUUCUACAGAAAGAGAACUUAAAGGAGUGGACUCUCUCUGCAGGACAGAGAGGAACUUGAAAAACAUUUACUCAGAGGCUGAGGGGCAAGAGGAGGAACCAGCUUCUGUCCCACCACCCAAGCCCCGUAGGACCUUCCGCUAUCUUGCAGAAAAGGGUACUAGUAGCUGUAACAAUGAAAGUACUACCAGGGAAGCUCCCCUGCAAAAGCAGCAUGGAGGAGACAUGUUGUCAUCCUCCAACAAUCCUGAGAAGAGAACAGUCAGCAGGAGAAUCAAAGGGAGAGCUCAGAGGAAAUCUUUUGAGUUUGAGGACAUCCAGGGCUUCCGCAAUCGGAUGGCAACCAGCAACUCCCACAGACUGCGAGAAGAGACAAAUGGCACCACAGGAUCCAGGCUCAUCUACACACAGUCAGAAGACAACAUCUACGAGGACAUUAUCUGUCCUGCAAAAGAGAACCACUAUGAAGAUAUUAGAGCACUGCCUUUGCCCCUGUGGAAGGUCCCAUCUGUCUGGAAGCUUCCACCCUCCCAGAGCACCAGUAGGGCUCCCAAGCCUCCCCCUAAACCUCCCUUCCUCAGUUUCAAGUCUCUUGAGCUAAAGCCCUCCCAGACAAGUUUCCAAAGGAAGAUGGUGAAGGACACUGCCCUGCCUGUCACACUGAAUGAGUGGAAGCUGUUCCAAGCAGUAGAGGCUGCCAGCAGGAGAAAGAACUUGCCUGGGCUGGUGCUAAAAAUACGAGAUAUCUUUGAUUCUAAGCGUGGAAAAAAGAGGGUGAAGUUGCUCAGUCCUGCUGGGAGAGAAGCAUCUCCAAUGAAAGGUGAAACCAGUGGGAAUGAAAGUGAUACGGAAAAUCAGCCAAAAAGUCAACACAGGUGCCUGCUGCAGGUACAGUCAGCCUCCAAGAGGAACCCCCACUACCAGACUCUGGAGAGGGAUUUGAUAGAGCUCCAGGAACAGCAGCUGUUUGAGCUGUUUGUGGUGGUGUCACUGCACAAGAAGGCAUCAGAGGUGGCAUACACACCACAGAUCAUACAGCAGUUUCCCAGCAAGACUGAACAUCCCUUCAGACAGUCAAAGGAUACUGAGGAGAGGCUAAAGGUCAUUCCCAAAUUCUGCUUUCCAGAUCCCAAAGACUGGUUUCCUGCAUCAGACCUUAAAAGUGAAACAUUUUCUUUUGUGUUGACGGGUGAGGAUGGCAGCCGCUGGUUUGGGUACUGCAAAAAGCUCCUGAAGGGAAAGGGAAGCGUCUUCCUGAGGUCUACUGCAUCAUCAGCCGCCUGGGCUGCUUCAACCUCUUCUCCAAGCUGUGAGAAUUUGAUUUCCACAUACAAGACGUUUCCUGAAAUAGCAGGAGACUGCAUUGGAGAAUGGAGAGUUGUCCUCACAGGUUCCCAGAUUUUAGAUGAAGUGGAGAAGCGUCGAGAGAUGUCCCCAGCCCUAGUGCAGCCGUUCAUGCGCAGUGUGAUGGAAGCCCCCUUCCCUGCUCCUGGGCGUACCAUCACUGUCAGGAGCUUCCUGCCAGGUGCAGGACACAAGGUGAUGGAACUCCGCCGUCCAUUGGAUUCUCGACUUGAACACGUUGACUUUGAGUGCCUGUUUAAAUGUCUAAGUGUCUCCCACAUGAUUCGGGUCUUUGCUUCCCUCCUGCUGGAAAGGAGGGUGAUCUUUGUUGCUGACAACUUAAGCACUCUGUCUAAAUGUGGCCAUGCUGCAGUUGCAACGCUUUAUCCCUUCACUUGGCAACACACCUACAUACCAGUCCUGCCAUCUUCUAUGAUUGAUAUUGUGUGCUCUCCGACCCCAUUCUUAAUUGGCAUUCUCUCCUGCUCCUUACCACAGCUCCGGGACCUGCCCAUAGAAGAGGUCCUGAUUGUUGAUCUUUGUGCUGACAAAUUCUUGCAAGAGGUAUCAGAUGAAGAUGACAUCCUGCCUCAUAAACUCCAGGCUGCGCUUGUACAGAUCUUGGAAGAGCGAAGUGAGAUCUUGUCACACGAGCAGAGUGACACACAAGGUGACAUGCCUCUGAACUCCCUGGUCUCUGAAGCUUUUGUGCAGUUCUUUGUGGAGAUUGUUGGACACUACUCCCUGCACGUGACUGUCACAGAAAAGGGGGAGCGGGUGUUCCAGUGGGAACCAUUCAGAAAAUCUCACGUGUCACGCAACGUGCGUCAUUUCUUGCACUUCUUCAUGGAAACACAGAUGUUUGCAGGGUUCGUACAGGACCGGGAGCUAAGAAAGAACAUGGUUAAAGGUCUUUUUGAGGUCCGUGCCUUGGAGUAUUUGGAGAGUAUUUCAGAGACAGAACAGCCUGGGAUGAACAAAAUCCUCCGCAGUCUAGGCAACAAAAUGAAGUUUCUUCGGAAGCGAUGAAGACCGAUGCGGGCCGGAGGUGCCGGCCUGCUCCACCUGCGGGGUGCGGGGGGUGUGCGGGGCGCGUGUGCGGCGGUCACCAAGAACCAGCGAUGUCCCCAGCGUGUGUCCAG